AACUCUCCCUACCGCUUACUCCUCAAGACGAAAUUAAGUUCGCAGAGCGGCAGAAGUCGGCGCCGAGAUCUGCAUGAGGCGGCUGUUGUCGGCGCUGUGUCUGAGGCGGACGCCGACUUCUUCUUCUCCGCGACAUCAUCGCCCCGAGAAGGGCGAAGCCGCAGCGAACGACGGUCGUGGCGGUGGUGGUGGUGGUGGUGGUGGUGGUGGUGGUACUACUACGAACCAAGGCGAGAGAACUGAGAUGCAUGUCGGAUCUCGCGAUGUUGCUACGGAAAACAUCAUCGCCAAUCACGACUUUUCAGAAGGUUUGCGUUCGUGGCGUCCUAAUCACUGCCACGCGUAUGUUGCUUCCGACGAAUCUAAUUACGUUCCCGGAGUAAGGCCGAAUUCGGGGGCGAAGUAUGCCGUAGUCACGAACCGAACGCAAAGCUGGCAAGGUUUGGAGCAAGACGUCACAGAUGAGAUUACUUCUAAUACUAAAUAUACCGUCUCGGCCUAUGUUAGAGUUCGUGGGGACGUUCAUGAGCCGAUUGGGGUUCAAGCGACGCUGAAACUAGAGAACCAUGACAAUUCGAUUAGCUACGUAGGUAUUGGAAGGGUUGUGCCCUUGAAAGAACACUGGGAGAAGUUGGAAGGAUCCUUUUCAUUGAAGAGCUUGCCAAAACGUGUAAUUUUCUAUCUUGAAGGGCCCCCUCCGGGGAUAGACUUGCUGAUUGAUUCCGUCGUCAUCUCUUAUGAGAUUACUCACACAAAUAACAUCAUUACAAACCAUGACUUCUCUCGAGGGCUAAAUCCGUGGAAGCCCAAUUCUUGUCAUGCCUAUGUGGCUUCGGAGUGGUCCGGUUUCCUUACCAGUGUUAAAGGAAAAUCAGGAGAGAAUUAUGCUGUUGUCACCAAACGCACCCAAAAAUGGCAAGGCCUUGAACAGGACAUUACGGGAAAAGUUUCUGUUAACACUACUUAUACUGUUUCUGCCAAUGUUAGAGUUUACGGGGAGAUUCAGGGACAGUUUGAAGUACAAGCUACCUUGAAACUAGAGAACCACGAUUCUUCUAUAAGCUACUUACCUGUUGGGAGGACCCAAGGUUCUAAAGAUCAAUGGAAGAAGUUGCAUAGCUCCUUUACUUUGACGAACAUGCCCAAAAGAGUUGUGUUUUACUUGGAAGGGCCUCCUCCCGGCGUGGAUCUUCUUAUAGAUUCAGUCAUAAUCUCUUGCUCCGAUUUUAAGCAACAGAAAGAAGUGAAUGCAGCACCUCUUUCCAUCAGAAGUGAAAAUAUCAUCCAGAACCCUCAAUUUGAAUACGGUUUAGAUAAGUGGUCUGGAAGAGGAUGCAAGAUUCUUAGACACGAAGUUGUUGGAUAUGGUAACGUGACUCCUUUUACUGGGCAAUGUUUUGCUUCCGUAACUGAACGAAGCCAGAUUUGGAACGGCGUUCAGCAGGAAAUCACCGGCAGGUUGCAAAGAAAACUUGCGUAUGAGGUUACUGCGGUUGUUCGGAUAUGUGGAAGUGCUUCGGCUGAAGUGCGGGUCACUUUGUGCGUUCAAGAACGAAAUGGUCAUGAUCGCUAUAUAGGAAUUGCCAAAGCACAGGCAUCGGACAAGGAAUGGGUGCAUUUACAAGGAAAAUUUCUCCUUCAUGGCACUGUUUCGAAAGCUGUCAUUUUUCUGGAAGGGCCUCCCCCAGGAAUUGACAUUCUUAUCGAUAGUUUAGUGUUGAAACGUGCAACAAAAAUUCCCCGGCCUCCUCUAUUGAACUUUGAGAAUGCGCUCUAUGGAGUUAACAUAAUCAUGAACAGUGACUUCAAACAUGGUCUUGCUGGGUGGGCUCCCCUUGGCUCGUGUAGACUAAGCGUAUGUACCGAAUCGCCUCACAUGAUUCCUUCAACAUUAAAGGUCCCUCUUGGUCGUUAUAUGCUGACGGCAAAUCGCACCGAGACCUGGAUGGGCCCUUCUCAGAUAAUAACCGAUAAGCUGAAGCUUCAUUUGACCUACCGUGUUUCUGCUUGGGUUCGUGUGGGCCCCACAGCAAGCAGCCAUCAGAAAGUUAAUGUGGCUCUCGGCGUAGACGAGCGGUGGGUCAACGGUGGGCACGUCGAAGCCGAUUCUUACCAGUGGUACGAAGUUAGGGGAUCAUUUAGGAUCGAGAAACAGCCGUCGAAAGUUACCGUGUAUGUACAAGGCCCUUCGCCCGGUGUCGAUCUGAUGGUCAUGGGUCUUCAGAUAUUUCCUAUUGAUAGAAAGGCACGAUUCGAUUAUCUAAAGGAGAAAACUGACAAGAUAAGAAAGCGCGAUGUCGUAAUAAAAUUGAAGGGAUCUAGUGAAGGCAAGUUUGUCGGCGCUUCAGUAAAGAUCAGGCAGAUGGAUAACAGCUUUCCAUUUGGGUCAUGUAUAAGUAGAUCGAGCAUGGAGAAUGAGGAGUACAUCGGUUUCUUCGUGAAGAACUUCAAUUGGGCCGUAUUCGAGAAUGAACUGAAGUGGUACUGCACCGAGCCCGAGCGAGGAAAGCUCAACUACAGAGAUGCCGAUGAGAUGGUUCAGUUUUGCGAAAAGCAUGGCAUGAAACUUAGAGGCCACUGCAUCUUCUGGGAAGUGGAAGAUACCGUCCAGCAAUGGAUCCGAUGUUUAAACCCUGAUGAUCUGCUGAUGGCCGUUCAGAAUCGCCUUCAAGAUUUAUUAUCCCGUUACAGAGGUAAGUUCGAGCACUACGAUGUGAACAACGAGAUGCUUCAUGGAUCUUUCUACCAAGAUAGACUAGGAAAAGAUAUUAGAGCAUACAUGUUUAGAGAAGCUCAUCGGCUCGACCCUUCCGCGGUGCUUUUCGUGAACGAUUAUAACGUCGAAGAUGGUUGCGACCCGAACGCCACUCCAGAGAAGUACAUUCAACAGGUUCUUGAUCUCCAAGAACAGGGUGCUCCUGUUGGAGGGAUUGGUAUACAAGGCCAUAUUAGCAAUCCGGUGGGCGAGAUCAUAUGCGAUUCGUUGGAUAAGCUAUCAAUACUAGGAAUUCCUGUUUGGAUCACCGAAUUAGAUGUCUCAGCCGCGAAUGAGCACAUCCGUGCGGACGACUUGGAGGUGGUAAUGCGUGAGGCCUAUGCGCACCCUGCCGUGGAGGGGAUCGUGCUUUGGGGAUAUUGGGAGCUGUUUAUGUUCAGAAAUGAUUCUCAUUUGGUCGAUGCCGAAGGGGAGAUCAACGAAGCCGGUCGGAGAUAUCUUGCACUGAAGGAGGAGUGGUUGUCGAAUGCUGACGGACGCAUGGAUAACAGCGGGGAAUUCAAAUUCAGAGGAUAUCAUGGUAAAUAUACCGUAGAAAUAACUACCCCUUCAAAGAAAAUAUCUAAAUCAUUUGACGUCGAGAAGGGAGAAUCUCCUCUAGUGAUACAAAUAUAAACUUAUCGCGUGUAUAAAAGUCGAAGAUUGGUAUUCAUAAUCUUAAAUGCGCUUCAUGUCAUAUUGAUGAGUAGUUAGCUGCUCUUCGCAGUUCUUUGUUUGUUUGUUUAUACAAACAUGGUGACAUGAUGAAAUAUGUAUGCUGCUUUGUUAUUUGUGCAGAGUGCAACUAUUUACAGCAUUGUUUGAUUAAUGUAUUUUUCAAACUAAUAUGUUAGUUUAAGAGAUUGUUGAUCUUUACAGUUA